UCGAGACGACGUCGGAUCAGCUGUGCGUCGCGAGGGCCAGUGCUCGGUCACUUGGACGUCGUCUCUCGGUGUUUCUUCGAGCAGAUCGAGGCGGUCUCUCGGAUUUCUCGGGGGGGUCGAUCGGGUCUGGCGUUGGCGAGGUUCUCCGAGGCUCGCGAGGAUCGGUCGCCUCGACGCCGCCAGCGGGGCAUCACGGGAACAGGUGACAACAGAGCCUCGCCAUGUUAGAUUUCGCGCGAGUGCCCGCGGUGUGCUAGUCGCUGGUUAAUUCGGCCUCGAGCGGACUCUCCGGCGGUGAUCUUGCUCGACAACCAUCCAAGCUGGAUAGAUUACCCGAGUAUCUCCGCGACACCGUGGACUGGUUUAUGGGCGCUAUGGUUUAGCCGUAAAUCUGCAUGGGAGCGGUCGACCCCGAAAUCUCGCUGCCCUACUUCCCUGCCUUGGAGGGCCGGCAGGCGGCGGCACCGUCCGCUCGGUGCCUCGGAGGCCCCUCCACCAGGAGCUACCCUGGACCCAGCGAUGACAGCAGCGGGUCCAAGAUUUGGUGCAUAGGCGGCGCCCGGGAGAGGGUCCUCGCCGGGGAGGAGGCCCGCGCCGACAGGAGGCGCCGCUCCUCCUCGGGCUCCUCGUCGAGGUCCUCGUCCUCGAGGGGGGGGAUGCUGCGCUCCCCCGGCCGCGGGAUCGCCUCGGCGCCCUCGACCCCGCUCCACGGACCGACCACGCCGGCCAGCGCGGCGUCCUCGCGCCUCUCCCUGCUCGACACCUGUCACAGGAAGAUUCGACUCUUCGGCGAGCUCGUCGCAAAGGCCCGACGAAAGGAGAAGGAUGCGGGAACCACGGAGGACCCUAAGCUCUACCUGGAGGAGGCGGCCCUCGAGAGGCAGCUGCCCGAGCUCGACCUGAGGAUGCUCGUCGACCUCCCUCCUGGCCUGGACUACAACGAAUGGCUGGCUUCGCAUACCCUCGCACUCUUCGACCACAUCAACCUGGUAUAUGGAACCAUCUCCGAGUUCUGCACCAUGACCGGGUGUCCCGACAUGACCGGUCCUGGGCUCAGGACGUACCUCUGGUUCGACGAGAAGGGGAAGAAGACGAGAGUGGCCGCGCCACAGUAUAUAGACUAUGUUAUGACUUUCACGCAACGCACUGUCAGCGACGAAACUAUAUUUCCUACGAAGUAUGCAAACGAGUUCCCGAGCUCCUUCGAGUCGAUAGUAAGGAAGAUCCUGCGGCUACUGUACCACGUGGUGGCACACAUUUACCACUGCCACUUCCGGGAGGUGGCGCUGUUGGGGCUGCACGCGCACCUCAACUGUGUCUUCGCCCACCUCACGCUCCUUAAUCAACGCUUCAACCUGAUCGAACCCAAGGAAACGGAGAUCCUGGGGGACCUGGAGGCCGCCCUCCUGGGUGACGCGACGACGGCGCCUCCGCAAAUCCCGGCCAUCCAGGAGACUCCUACCACGACGACCUAGACGUCGGCGGGGCGCGCAGUCGGGGUUGCAGUUCCUGAGACUAGGUGACACUAGGCGUAUUCGAGGGGAAGACGAAGAAGAAGCCAAUGAACUAUCCUUUCCUCUGAUUUUUCCACCCGGUCGGAUCGUUCACGACCGGUGGGAAGACAGGUCCGAGGCGCCCUCGGGACGAUCCUGUAAAGAAAAAAAAAAAAGAAAGAAAAAAAAACUAAGUAGUACCUGUACAUAGAGAAAAUGAGAGAGAGGGGGGCGCGAGAACAGAGCUACGCAAGGAUGUAAUUAGGUUCCUCCGUUUGUUGUUUGCGAGAUUGUACAUAAUUUAUUAAUGGGUAAGACGCGCGCGAUCGGGAGGAGAGGACGAUUAUUGACUAUAUAAAUAUAUAUUAUAUCGACGAACGUUAGUUGCUAUAAGGAGGAGGAGAGAAACACGUUGUUCUGUAAAGAGUGGCCAGGAAGCGGAGGAGGUGGGGAGACACGAGGGGAGAGAGAGAAAAAAAUGAGGAGAGAGGUACGAAACAAUAACGAUAUUGUAAAGUUUAAAUAAAACCAAAUAUAUACCUGGUGUUAAA